AAAAACGCUGUACCUACGAGAAUACAAAAAUGCCAGAGAAUAAUGAAAAAGCUGACAUUAAAGGGAAGGGAAGAGUCACGGAGGACUUUAUUCCAGAUAUCGAAGAUGUAGAAGACGAUGGUGAUUUUGAAGAAAUGAGUUCAUCCGAAGGGGAACUUUCUGAAGAAUCAAUGGAAGAAGAUGAAGAAGGAAUUGCCGAUGAACCAGAAGAUUUAACAGCUAUCGAUCCCACCAACAUUACUUCUUCUUCCAGAACACGGAAUAAAAAGAUAGAUUUUUCCAAAGCCCUCCAAGAAGACGAGGAUUUAGAGAAUGAAGAAGACGACGAAGAUUAUGUCCCUCCUCAAGAGGGUAAGAUAUAAAAAAUUCCCAUUCUUUCAAUAUCCAAACAAAUUGAAGAUUCCAAUGGACGGAAUAAGCGCAAAAAUCUAGGUAGAUUAGUCCUCAUCGGAAUUAGGAAUUUGUUCUUUCUCAGUAACCGGAUGUUAAGGAAACCAGUCAUUUUUAUGUCUUUGUUUUUUCCACCAAGAGCGCAAUCUUUUGUCCAUGUUUAUGCCCGCGAAGAGAUACCAUAUGCUUUUUGAGAAGCUCUGCUAGUAAUCGCUUUUGGGACGAUGUAGCAGCGUGUAACAAAUAUUGGACAAUAUAGUUUCCAUAUUGGCUAGAAGCUAUAUCCAUCAACAAGAUUCUUCCCCAUCCAUCUUGCGGUUGUGUGAUUAGGACAAUGUAAUCAUUAAAAAAGGUCCUAUUGUUCACUCGUAACGCACGUUCAACCACCUUUGAUGCAUAUUGAUUUGUACUGUAAAAUUCUGCAUUCUGAAGAAUAUCCAAAAACACUCUCUCCUGAUCAUCCUCACUUCCAUGCUCAAUGAUGUGUUGAAUCACCCAGUUUCCCCAUUGUCCGCUGAUAAUGGAACGAGUAUUUUGAAUGAUUUCAUUAAGACAAGGGCGCUGCAAUUGUUAAUACUGAAUGUAAAAUAUUACCGCAUACCUUUUCUUGUUCUUUACAGUUUUCAAAAAUUGUUUGCACAACUAAACUGCCCAUUUCGCUCGUAGCAACUUGAGUCCAAUUUCCAGUUAGUUUUUUAUUGAAUGUAUCCAUUGUCCCUAAUGCACAUGACUUUCUUCUAGUCUCCAAAAACUUUUGCCAUACGUGGCAUGAGUGUCUCUGCAUUAAAGUCUCUGGCAACUGCUCCAUUAAUUGAUCAAUUAAGGAAGCUGCAAAAUUUUCUGGAUAGAUCUCAAAUGACUUUUGAACAACGUGAGAGCCAAAUGCGUUCGUUGAAAGUUCGGUGAUAUGGGCUUUUAGCUGUUGAGCAAAUCCCUCCAGCUGUCGUUCAUCACACUGUUCAAGGCAUUUUUGUAUCAAAAAGUUGCCAAAUUUGUUUGUCAUAAGUGUAAAUGACAGGGGAAGUAUGCACUGAAUAAGCGCAUGCUUCAUAUUUUGGUCAUUUGACUUCAAUUUUUGCUGCAGAUACAAGGACGCCGACUGAUCGUUUCUGAAGAUAAUUUGCUCAAUUUCAGACUGUUUUGUUAGAAUUUUUUGUGUUAUGCUAAGAUCAUACCUUCCAUUUGUAAUUUUGGGAACUGGUUUCUGACAUCUCUGUCCCUUUACGAAUGCCGUUGUUCGGAAGUUCCUGAUUGCAAGCAUUAUCAGAUAGGCGAACUGGAUUUUCCAAACCCUUCUUAAAAAACUGACUGCCAUAAAAUGCUUGUGAAGAAGCCGUAUGGGGUUGCAAAAAGGGAGGACCAAGACUGAAGGGGUCGACUGAAUGGUCGGGAACCCAAGCAGACGAUACGUUUUGUGAGUUCAGUCGUAGAUUUGACUUGUAUUUGUUGAGGACAAGUGGUGGCCUGGGAGUGUUAUCGAAUGAUUCGUCCAAUUCACCAAUUGGAUGUUUGCCGUGAACUUUGGAAUCAAGGUAGUUUCCGUCUUUUCGAAAUUUCUCCAGAUCGUAAGAGGCUACUGGUUCAAUGCCUCUCGACUCACAACUUUUUGGUGCCGCUCCUUUGAUUUCAGCUGACAAGCUUUUUGGCAGAAGAUGUUCAGGAGAGUAAAUGCUUGGCGAGGAAGAAAAUAGAUUCUUCUCUAACGUUAGUUUCUUUCGUAGAUCCCGCACUUGAUCUCCCUUUUUCUGAACUUCAAUAGCUGAAGAAGCAAUUUGUUUCUGCUGUUCCUUUACCAAAUAUUCAAGGUACUUGAUCUGGGACGUAAGGUUGUUCAUAUCCUUCUCUUUUUCAAGAAUUCUGGAAAGAUCAUGGCUACGUCCUUCAAUCUCUUUGGUAUCCUCCUUUCCCUUCGGCAUUCUUGGCUAGUCAGUAAUAAAUUGUAUGCUUUAUUUCGCCUUUAUAGAACAAAUGAAAGCAAAAUCUCUUUUCCUUUCUUAAAAUUCUAUAUGACAAGCAAUAAAACACUUAGCCAAGGAAGCAUGUGGGAGAAUUAUGGUUGCUGAUGCCUAUUUGUUUAUAUGCACACACAAAAUAGAAACAUAAGGCUUAUUAAAACUGAACAAACUUUGGGGAAAUUUUGAUAAUGAUUAAUACAGUAC